AUGGCGCAGGAGUUUAGUCCGGGCAUAUUUCAAGCAGCCUUACUUGAAGUUGCAGAGGCCACCAAAGCUGCCACAGCUGCAGUACAGGCCAUGCAGGUUGUACAACAGCAACAGCCUGCAGUUCCACAAGGCCAGACAGCCCAAGCUUCUGGCAGUCCUUCAGGUUCACCAACAAGUUCAACAGACUGGUCGAAACUUGUGAAUAAACCGCCAGUGCUGGAUGGGAAGAGCGUUGAAGAUGAAAUCAGAAUGUUUCGGGACUGGCUAUGGAUGGUCACACAGUUUCUGAACACCAUAGAUGUUGGAUAUGAACCAGAAAUUCAAGCAAUAGUGGACAGCCCUUCAGCCCCCAUGGACAUGUCGACAGCUACCUCAGAGACGAGACAGCGUGGGGCCAAGCUUUACGGCCUUUUAGCCUCCCUAUGCAGAAACAGGUCUCUCAGCAUCAUCCGUAGUGUCAAGCAGGGUGAUGGCUUUGAGGGUCUUCGUCAGCUGAUCCUGAAUUUGAGACCUUCCACAAAUACAAGAGGAUUGGCACUUAUGGGAGCUUUGACAAGUUGGCCAUCGUUCAAUAUGAAUCAGUUGCUGCAACCUCAACUGUUGAAACUUGAGGAAGCCUUGGAAGAGGCCAGAAGAGCUGGUUCAAGCAUACCAGAUCAGUUGCAGCAGGCGAUCCUUUUGAAGUGCGUUUCAGGCCAGCUCAGGACACACCUCAACUUGUCCAUCCAAGAAGCUACCAGCUUCAAGGAGUUGAGAGAACAAGUGCUCAGGUGGGAUCGUAGCCAACAGAAGUGGAGCAACCUCAUCUUUGACGAGUCUUCAACUUCGACUCCCAUGGAGGUGGAUCGUGUCUACAGAGAUGGGCGUAGCUGGAAUAACAAUGGCAAAAAGGGCGACAAGGGCAAAGGAAAGAACAGUUUUUCUCAGAAAGGCAAUCAGAAGGGAAAAGUUAAGGGAAAAACAAAGACCAAAGAUGGGAAGAGCGGACAGAAAGGGAAGCAGAAGAGCGACAUACAGGGCAAAAAUGGUGGGAAGCAGAAUGUUUCAGGGAAAGGAAAGGGUAGCAAGCCAGAUGUUACCUGCCAUCGGUGUGGCAAAUACGGGCAUUUUGCUCGUGAUUGCUGGGGAACUUCAGUGCGACAGGUACAGAAUGAAGGCUCAAACAGUGUUCAGCAGUCUCCUCAAGGCCAACAGACCUCAGUUGCUGCUGGAACGCCUUCAUCUCAGACAAGUUCUCAAAUGCCUGUAGCUCCUCAGCAAGGACGUAUUGCCAGAAUUCAAUUUGCAGAUGACCAUGUCUCAGAUGUUUUAAAACAUGAUGAGUUGGUUUUUGACCUCAGAAGUCCAUGCAGUGCUUCGAGUUGCUUGGAGGGAAACGUGAGGGCAGUGCGUGCUGAGCUCUUUGAGGAACUCUCAUACAUGCGUGUUGGUUGGAACCUUAGUCCCGAAGGGGUUGGUUCAGGAAAGCACUAUGGCAACAGCUUUCAAGAUCCUACACUUGUUUGCCCAACAAUGUCUGGAAGGAAGUUCAGAACUACGUUGAUCAAGGAUGGCGACCAAUGGCUGGUCAUGGAAUUGUGCGAGCCUCUGGAAACAUUGAUUGAUCUUGCAGCAGAGUUCCAUGGGUAUGAAGGUGACAGGUUCAUCAUCACAGUGAUUACACCCAGUGAGAGACCACCUAAUGUGAUGGGCUUUCGAAUGAUGGAUGACGAUGAGAUUCAACCUGCGGUGCAACUUGAGUUUGAACAGGAAAGACACGAUGAGGGUGAGAUUGCACCUCUUGCGCCAGAGGACGAAGUUGCAGGCAUGGACAUUGGUGGUGAUGUUCAACAUGAUGCAGGCCAAGCAGUUGAAGGAAUGCAUGAUGACUCAGUGACUAUGCAGCAUGGUACUGGAGUGGAAAUGGAUGCACCUUCUUUUGCAGCCAGACCCAAACGUCCUGGCGAAGUGGAGGUGACCAGUGUUUUUGAUGAUGCUGUGGCUGAUUCCUCUCUUCUUUCACCCAUGGAAGCGCAAGUUGAUUCUUCAAAUGACCCUGGUCUUGCGGCACCAGUGACUCCACCUGUGAUUGAGGAGUGCUUGGAUGAAGUCGCAGGAUCCUUGACUACCAGGUUUGUCUAUGACUGGAGGAUCAAGGACCAUCCCAAUGGGACCAAGCAAUGGAUGAGGAGGAGCCGGUUUGUGGCUCGUGAGUUUGCCACAGACAAGCGCUCUGACACCUACAGUCCAGCUAGUGGGUGCCAUUCAGUGAACCUAAUCCCAAUUUGCUACCUGAAGAUGCUUGCCGAAAGUUUGGACAGCGCAGAAAGGUUUGAUGAGGACAGCAGCAGUCCCUAUCGUGUUGUGCUGGCGGCAUUGGACAUCAAGGAUGCCUUUCUUCAGGUUCCCCAAGAAAACUUGGUGAUGGUUUCUUUGUACAACCAGCAGUAUGUCAUCAGACGCAAUCUUCCUGGUCAGAGACUUGGUGCAAAAGCUUGGUAUUGGCACUUUCGCCGAUACAUCAGUGAUGCUUUAAACUGUUGUUGGUGUGUGGAACAGCCUUGCCUUGCGAAGUGCGUGGACGAUGGGACCAACAACUGCUUUUUGAUCCAUGUGGAUGAUUUGCUGUUUGCUGGAAGCUACAGUUUUUGGACCACCAAGUUCUUGCCAGCGGUGACUUCCAAGUUCAAUGUGAACUACACAGAGUUGAAGGAAAAUGGAAGCUUCAUUUCUUUUCUGAAGCGAAAGCUGGUGAAGAUCAAAGAUGGUCUAUUGCUUGUUCCAGGCACUACAGCGAACAAAGUGGUGUCUUACUUUGAAAAGUUUUUCGGAGUAGCAAAGCAGCAGAAAAUUCCAUGUGAUGGAUCAAUCCAGAACGAUGACAAGUCCCAGAGGCAAUUGAUCGAGCGCCAAGGUGUUGGACGUGUGAGACAUCUCAGUGGCAAGAUUUUAUGGAUGCAGUCAUUGGUGUUGGAGAAGCAAAUCAAGUUGGGACAGGUGCCAACGCAGUGGAAUGUGAGUGAUGUUGGCACAAAGCCUUUAGCCAAACAGCGUUUGUUGGUUCUCUUGCAUCAAAUCGGCUGCUGCAAUCCAGAUACCCAUGAAAUGGUUGGACAGGAGGAGUAUGAAGUGUUUGAAGAAAGAACUGUGGGAAAACAAAUGGUCAAGCGCAUGGCCAAGACUAUCAUGCGUAUGGCAGUGCUAUGGGGUCUUGAGCCCAACCUUCAGGGAGCAGAGGCGACAGCUGUUGAUGAGGAGGUUUGUCAACAGGUUCAGGCUUCUGGAAAUCAUGGAGGAAAUACAUGGCUUUGGUUUUCAGUUUUUCUUCUCUUCAUGCUUUGGGUUGGACUUGCGGUAGCAGGAUAUGUUGCAUGGAAGAAGUUUUCCAAGACGACAAAAGACUUGGAAUCAUGUUGGAAUCAGGUUGCAGAUGAGGAUUCCUACAUAGCAAAGCAAGAGGCGAGAAUUGACCAAGUGAUUCAACGCCUUGAACAAAUCAGAGAGCACAAUGAACAGGAUCAUUCGAUCAUUUCAGAUCGAAUUACAGAAUGCAGCAAUGAGUUGAGCAUGGUGCAUGACUAUGCAGCGGGACUUCACUACAGCAUGGUCGAACAUGGAGGUUUCUUGCGAAACGGAUGCGGUCUUAGUCCAGAACAAUGGCGCCACCUAGCAACGCUCGAAAGAGCAAAUCUGGUUAGCUCAAGGGCUUUGGGUGCAGUUGAGUACAUGCGGCUGGUGCGUCAAAGGUUCCAGCCACAAGGAACAGCAGAUGCAACAGACAGCCCAAAUGCUGAAGCUGAUGAUCCAAUGGAUGAGUCAGAACCAGAGGUGCCAUCAGGACCCAUCAGCGAUGAAACUUUGACUGACAUGCUUGAAUUCCUCAAAAGUGAACAUGGACUUUGCUUGGAAAGAGCUGAACAUUGGGAUGCAAAUGAAGUACAACAUGUGAUCCUUCAUUUCCUCUCCGAGAUCCACCACAGUUCAGCAGAAAGCUUGGUAGCCUCAUGCCGAGUACGCAUAGCUGGAUUGUUUGGAGAGCUGAAGGUGGAUACCCUGGUGGUACGCUUGGAGAAAAAUGUGGAGCGUCAGCUAGCGACCCUGGAUUCCGCCGUCAAGGGUCGAGCGAAGCUUGGUGGAGAAGGGAAUAUCAGUGCCCUUCUUCGGGAGUCGAUGGUUAGGGCGGAACGCGACCUCUUGAGCACAGCGGAAGCCACCAGAGAUUUGUUGCUGAAAGCCGUUUGGGUGAAGGGUGAGAAAGAAAAGCUGGAGCCGAUGUGGUGCUUGGGCCCCUCGAAAGGGGACCAAGUCUUCGGCGGCAGCUGCGAGCGCAUCGGACGGCUGCGACGCUGUUUGGAUCCACCCAAGUAUUCGGUGCUUCAAAAAGCCAAGCCUGGCUGGAGCACCAAAGAUCUCUUGAAGGUCUACCAAAAGCUGCAAAAGGUGUCCAUCACUGAUGGUGAAUCACUGGCUCGUGCUGUCUCAGAAGGAUCCUUAAAUCACAUCCUGGCCGAAGCUGGAGAGAGGAAAUUGAAGCCUUCAACUUUGCAGCUUCUGAGGCUGGCGAGCAGAGAUCCAGGGGCUCGAACGGUUCAAGUCCAGGAAGAUCUGCCGCUGCUUGGACCGCGGCAUUGCUUCUGUGGCAACUGCAUCAGGGUUCCCAUGUGCCAUCAACAUGCGGACGUUCUGACGAUGAAGUUACCGAGUAUCAAGUCCGGACCUCCGCCGCUGAUGCCAUCGCGGCGCGAGGCAUCACGAUGGCAAGCGCAGCGGCAGGUCGUUGUCGCGCCGCUUCCUCGGGUGAAGUCUGAACCCGUGCUCAGCAAAGCGGAAGCGAGGAGCCGUCUCUUUGGCGAUUGGAAUGCUGCAGGUCGGAAGCUGAGUUGCCCUGCCCCCAUUCCCCUGGAAGCCUGGCCUAAGAAGGUGCUGUCUCCCAUUUUGGCCACAGUGCCAGAAAGGACCCGUCGCAGCGUGGUGCUGCCACAGAGGGCUUUGGCGCGACGUGAGGAAGCCAAGGAGGAUGUGCCGGUGCCACCCGUGGAAGCACAGCAGAGUGCACUGAAGUCAGCUUCAACGAGCUCCUUCCAUUCCUACGCCACCUUUGUUGAAAAACAAGGCCAGGAUGGCGAGCAUCAGGAAGGCGAGGAAGGCGAGGAAGGCGAGGAGGAGAUCCAACAUUUGGAGGUUGCCUAUAGCAGCCAGGAGAGCUACGCCAUGACAUUUGAAGGUAGCUCUCAGCCAAGUUACAGCAACGAGAGCGGUCUCGAUUUUCGCUGGAGCCGUACCGAGAGCGACCAGGAGAAUCUCUUCGACGAGGACCUGGAAGACGCUUCCGACGAUCUCGACCAGGACGAGGACGACCUGGCGGACGUCACGGCGGAUGUGAGCGGCCUGCUGCGGUCGCAGAGGCUGAACGACACCAUGGAAGCCCUGAAAGAGUUGUCCGAGUUGGAUGAGACCCUGCCGGUGUCCAGGAGUCCGAAGCCUCGGAAAGCGCCGCCGGUGGAUCAUCGUCAGCAGGUGGCGGCUGCGCGCAGGCAGCAGCAGCGAAGGCCACCAGGACUGGACUUCUCUCAAUGCUGGGGCCAGGUCUUUGGAGAUGUGAACCAUUUGAUUGUUGAUAUUUCAUGGACAUUUAUUGUCUUUGGAGAUGACGAGUCAGAUGGUCCGACAGUGACUGGCGUGAGGGAAUUUUUCGUGGCCAAGGCGCUGCUCGAAGGACACAAGGAGCAAUUGAGCGAAUUGGUGCCAUCACAAUGGGGUCUGAUACACAUUUUCGACCUCUGCUUGUGGUUUGGCCAUGAUGACACUGCAUUGGCGUUGGGCCGACAUGGAGUUGAUGGCUGCUUUGUUCUGACCAAUCACCUGGGACCAUAUUCCGAAAAGCCUCAGUGCACAUGUUCAGAUUUUGUUUGCGCCAAUUGCGACUACUAUGACACACCUUGCAACUGUUCACCGAAUGAAACCUGUGAAUAUUGCAGCUGGGGCUGGCCGGUUGAGAACGGCACAUGGAUGAAAGACUGGGAUGUGCCUCUCGACUGUGCAGUUCGGGCGGCAGCACAGGCUGCGCAGAAGCCGUUUCUCUGCGAGCUUCUGAAGAUGGCGCGUGCAGGUAAGGAGCUGCCCUUGGCUCUGCCAGCUGAGGGGAUGGCGCGGUUGUUGGACAUUGCCAUCCUCACUGGGGAUGUCGAAGUAGCUGCGCAUAUAUCGAAGAAAUGCCAGGUUUGGCCUUUGCGCCGAUGGAAUGGAAAAGAUUUUGUGAAUUACGAUUACGAUGAUGGCGAGGGCGAGCACAUUUUGCUUGCGGCGCUCUGGGCUGGCGCAGACUUUCAAAGCAUGCAUGUGCUCAUUCAAAGUCAGACCAUUCCACUUCAAGCAGGUAUAUUUCUUUGCAGGAACGAGGAUUGGGAGUAUUGCGCGCAAUUCUUCAAACCGGCGGUGAGGGGCGAGUGGGGCCCCACAUCGACAAACAAUGAUCUGGGUGGUUUCUUUUUUGAUGGGCGCCAGCUUUCUGUGGACAGAAUCCAAGGUGCUCCCAAGGCAGGGAUCGACAUCAGGAAGUUGAGAACGAUUAAUUUUUUUGGUGGCUCCCGGCAAAUUGUUUCCUUUAGAAUUGUUUCCUUUAGCUUGCUUGGACUUGCCAUCCUUUAUGGACAGCAAGAUUGUGCUGUUGCAUGUGUUCGCCUUGGUCUGCAGCAGACCGGAGUGGAGGAGGAUGGGCAUGUCAACUCUUCUCUCAGGGAUUUUUUGCACAGCGAAGCCUCCUGUGACCAUCCAUUGCAGGCCUACUGCCAUCAGAGACUUCCAUCAGGUCCAGAGUGUGGGUCAGCAACAGUAGCCGCAGCACAGGCAGCUCUCAGAGCUUCGUGGCAGUCUGAAGCUGCUCAGAAAGGGGUAGCAGUGUGCCAAGUGAUGCGGAAGAUGUUGGGAUCCUUUCCGUUGGCGUUGGUGGGUGACAUCUUGACCUUUUCCACGGAGGUUCCGGAGUUUGUGGGCCAACUGGAUCUUUGGAACUUUGUGCAUGGUUGGAUGACAUUGCCCCCCCCAAACUCGGACUCUCACAUGAAGGAGGAGCUGCAUGGCAUCAAUGAAUCCAAUGGUCCGAGAGCGCGCGAGCACGAAACUGGCACUGGUUCAGCUUCCGAUGCCACGGCUGCCAUAUCAGCCCCUGAGCCUAUGGAGGUCGAUGGCAAAUCCACUGAUGAGUUGAUGACGGCGUUGCGAGCCAGCAGGGAUCAGGUGCCGGCGCUGAACGUGGAUGGAGUCUGCGUGUUUCGCUUGACUCGCAUGGCUACUUCGUCACACAUCAACGACUUGCUUCUGGAUGCGACUGGGCCUUUGGCAACUUUGCAUGCCCGUGUAUUGGACGCUGGGUGCGAAGUGAAUCCUGAGUGGAAUCCGGUGAAGGCGCUGUUCGUGCCGGUCACAGAGGAGCAGAUGGAAGAGUUGCGUGCCCUGGCUAACCAGGGUUAUGAACUCAACAAAGAUGAUCACAUCUUGGCGUUACAAGAAGACCAGGACGUCAUUGCAGCUGCCUUGAAGAAACAUCUGCGGUGCAAAAACCGACCCAAGAUCAAGAAGGUCGGGCCACAGUCCACGGUCGCUGAGGAAGAUUUGGAAGUGGAUGAACUCGGCACUCUCCUCGAAGUUGUGUGCGGAAUCCGAACCGACAGUGACGUGGGCAUGCCAUCCUACCCCAACAGCCCUGAGUGGUAG